UUUCAUUCUUAUGCAACUAUAGCUGGUUUGGAGUUUGGAACCUUUUACAAGCGGAGUGUGGGGACUGAUUUUCACAAGGAUUCAAUUUCUCCUUCAGUAUCUGGAAUAUUAGGGCUCAAUGGACGCCACCUCCCACCUCUCUUUCCUAUUGUUGGCAUUCCUCUCCUUCCUGACAACAGCUUGGUCCGGGAAAGUCCUGGUUUUCCCGGUGGAUGGAAGUCACUGGGUCAACAUGAACCUAAUGAUCCAGGGUCUCCACAACAGAGGUCACGAGGUCACUGUGGUGCGCACCGACUCCUCCUGGUACGUCAAGGAAACUGCGCCACAUUACACCUCGCUCACCAUCGCCCUACCUGAAGCCAUCGCCAUAGAGAAGGAGGACUUUUUCGUAACUUUUCUUAUGAAGAUGUUGGCUAUAAAGAAAGCGGGAUCUUCGCCUAUGGCUUUUCUUUCUUUCUAUUGGGAAAUGCUCGGUGCUUUAUCCAAAAUACACCAGCAGGCGAGCAUGGUGGGUGUGCAAAUGCUUGAAAAUAAGACUCUGAUGCAAAAACUUCGAGAGACAAAAUACGACGUAGUUCUGAUCGACCCUGGACUACCUGUUGGCGUUCUUGUAGCGCAUGAACUUGGUGUUCCUACUGUUUAUAAUGUGCGUUGGAUCACCAGCGGAGAAGGCCAUUUUGUUGUUGCCCCAUCCCCAACAUCUUACGUGCCAACUUCUGGAGUGGCUUUACCGGACAAGAUGACGUUUUGGCAAAGACUCCAAAACACUUUACACUAUGGCUUGAACACGUGCAUUGACAAGUUCGUAGUCGCUCCUGUUUAUGAUCGAUUGGUGGAGAAAUACUUUGGAUCUGAUAUAAGCUUUUAUCACAUGUUACAAGGAGCAGACAUUUGGUUGAUGAGGGUCGAUUUCGUGUUUGAAUUCCCAAGACCCACAAUGCCCAAUAUCGUUUACAUUGGCGGGUUUCAAUGCAAGCCGUCUUCUCCUUUACCGCCUGAACUUGAGGAUUUUGUGCAAAGUUCUGGUGAUCACGGGUUCAUCUUGAUGUCUCUGGGUACUCUUGUCAAAGCUUUGCCCAAAGAAAUUACUUCGAAAAUCGCCGCCGCCUUCGCUCAGCUCCCUCAGAAAGUUAUAUGGAGGCACGCAGGUGAAAAACCAGAUAACUUAGGCAAUAACACGCUACUGCUGAAAUGGUUGCCCCAAAACGACCUUCUGGGACACCCAAAAAUCAAAGCGUUUGUAGCCCACGGUGGUACCAAUGGAAUAUAUGAGUCUAUAUACCACGGUGUCCCCAUAGUGGGUGUCCCUCUUCUUUUUGACCAACCGGAAAACGUUCUAAGAUUGGAAGUCCGAGGAGCAGCAAAGGUUUUAGACGUGACACAUAUAACUACUGAAAGUUUUCUAGAGACGGUUAAGGAGGUUGUCCGUAACCCUUUUUAUAGAAACAACAUGAAAAGAUUAUCCUCUCUGCAUCGGGAUAAACCCAUGCACCCGCUCGACACUGCCCUCUUCUGGAUAGAGUUUGUAAUGCGGCACAAAGGGGCGGCGCAUCUUCGUACAGAGUCGUAUAAGAUGCCGUGGUAUUCCUAUUACUCUGUGGAUGUGGUGAGCUUUUUAAUAGCAGUGGUUUUAUUGUCGAUGUGGAUAUUUUUUGCAGUUGUUCGUUUUCUGUGCUGUAGAAUCAUUCGAAAGAGAAAACCAAAGCAAGAGUAAUAUAUGGCAAAUAAACUGUGCAAAAGACUACGCUAACGACCACCACACAAGAAAAUGGAAUAUACUUGAUAAUUACUGUGUAUUGUGCAACAAAACAUACACUGAAGCAAUAAAUGAAAGAUGUUAUUUUUUAUUUUAAA